UCUGAACGAUAAGAACAACGAGACCUUCUAAAGAAGCGUACAAGCCAAUACAACAGGUUAACAGCAAAGUAUCGGCACCCGUGUAUAGCCACCUUUGACGUCACACUAACGAUGGCGUAUGCGGCAAAAACCUAUCAGAGGAACUGGGGCUAUGACCCGCACGCGGAUGACUUCAACGCCCGUGUGGGGAAGAUCCUGUCUGGCGGUCUGGACCUGCAGGCCAGCAUGCGCAGCAAGGCGCUGGGCGAGCUGGCGUCCACCCGCGCGUUCGAGGCGGCGGAGCAGGAGGCGCAGCGCACCAGCUACGUGGCCCAGCACAUGCACGACGACCCAGGCAUGAACGCGCGCGUGCCCGACUCCCGCAAGCCCGGCAGCGGCGACGCGAAAGGCUUCGUAUGGGUGGACGAGAAGGGGCAGUACAUGGGCCACGUGGUGCCGCCGCGGGCAACCGUCUCGCAGCAAUCCGGCACGCAGCUGCUAGGGGCGGGUACCAGCGCCAGUGGAGCCAUGGCGACAGCGACGGCGACAGUGACAGGCGGCGGCGGCGGUGGCGGCGGCGGCGCGACGCGCGGCGGGCGGCCAAAGGUGACGGAGCGGCAGGCGGAGGUGAUGGGGAUGGACCCUGUGGGUCGAAGCAUGCACCUGUGGCGGCGACUGAACCCGGGGUGUGUGGAGGAGACGACGCGGCUGCCGCGCUCCACCUUCACCGACCACUUCGGCUCCAAGUCGGGCGUGCUGGACGCGGAGGUCCCCGACAAGACGCACCACCUGAAGAAGACGGACUUCUCAGAAUACACGGAGGUGAAGCUCAAGAUCAUGCAAAACCUCAAGUAGUAUUUUGUUGUGUUUGAUUGCGGGGGCGGAGUUGGGGGGCGGGGGAGGGCACCGUGAUGGAUUCGUGGAUGCGGCAGAAAGAAGAGAGGGUGCGGUAACUGGGUGGGAUCUUGGGUGCGCGUGGUAGGGGGCGGAGCUGCCCAGCGUGUGGUGGUGUUCGUAUGCUGGCGCCUGGCGGCUGCUGGCGACUGAGCAAGUGCUCAAGAUAAGUGAGGUCGGCGGGGCUGGUGAAUCAAUAGUUGUUUUUGAGUCCAGAAACUUGGCCCGGGACCGUGGAACCUGAGACGGCACCCUGACUGGAAGGUGCGUGGAGCGGCCGCAGUAACAUGACAACCAACAACAUCGAUGACAGGAUUACAGGAUUAUGGCGUCGUAUGUGUGGUAAGACACGUGCUGACGUUUCUGAACGGCACACCGGAAACUUUAACUUGGGAUGCUGCGCGUGGAGUUUGUGUACAUAGGGCUGUGGGUGGAUGAGCCCGUACGCAUGUUUGAUGCACGGAAAGGCUACACGUGGGCCCAUUUAAGAGGUUAAAAUAGAAUAGGAUUUGAGUCAUUUGACAGAGGUUUCAAGUAGGAUAGUCCACGCAGGUUGCUUGUGUGCAGGCAGGGCUCCAAACCCACGUGUGCCGGUUUCCGGACCAAUUUGUUGCGGCCAUGUUGAGUUUCGGCCCGCACAGUCAAGUCCAGUGCUCUGGUAGUGUAAGUCGAACGCGUGCGUGGCCAUAUUAAUCAAAGCAAACACGCUCCACCGUUCUUUUGCGCCUCCCGAAAAGCCGUAUAUUGUUACCCCACGUUGUUUGCUGUGCAUCGGGUGUGUG